ACUGAGCAUAUGCGGAAGUCGGGCUUUACUAGCCGGCACGCGCAGGCGCAUAAGCGCUUGGGAACUCUGAUCUGGAGUCGGCUUCCUGUCUUCAGUCAACUCUUCGGACCCUCUUCACCCGUGGGGGGCCCGCCCCCGGGGGCGGGUAGCAGGCAACAUGGAAAAAGCUAAAGAUGGCGAAGAGAGCCCAAGUGAGGCAUCUCCUCCAGCCCAGGUGGGGCUUGAAAAUAUCCCUGCGACGGUGUCUGGGGAGGAGGGCCAGCUGCUGUAUCACGAGGAGACUAUCGAUCUUGGUGGAGACGAGUUUGGGUCUGAAGAGAAUGAGGAACCCUCAUCCGAAGACUCUCGAAACUUUGUAGAUAAGCUCAACGAGCACAUGAUGGAGAGUGUGCUCAUCUCUGACUCUCCCAACAACAGUGAGGGUGAUGUGGGGGACCUUGGCUGCCUGCAGGAUGUUGUGGAGCCACCAGGAGGUGUUGCUGAUGGCAGGAUGCCCAGUGCCACGAACAAGGAAGCAGGGGACACCUUGAGUAAUGGCAGCGAAACCGAUGGAGACGACACGCCCAGAGACGUUUCAGACAUGACACCUGAUAGCAGAGCAUCUCUCAAAGAAGACUCAACGCAGGAAGAUGUGACUGGCAUGCCUGCACUGGAGAACUCUGGCACAGAGGACGCAGGGCCUGGUAAUGGCCAAGCUCACCCAGAAGAACGGACCUCAGAAGUGUCGUCCAGUCAGUCCUCCUCAAAAGAUGAGCCUGUACCUGUCUGCACCAUCUUCAGCCAGGCCACCUCUGCUCCCUCCCAGCCACACUUGUUUCUGCAGGACGGCUUUGAGUCGCAGAUGGUAAAGUCUCCGAGUUUCAGUAGCACCAGUGAGACGUCAGCCAAGACCCCUCCUCCGAUGGUCCAGCCCAGUCCCAGCCUAAGUACAUUUUUUGGAGACACAAUGAGCUCCAAUUCCUUGGCCUCUGACUUUUUUGAUUCCUUCACAACCUCUACCUUCAUCUCAGUCAGUAAUCCCAAUGCAGGUUCCCCAGUUCCAGAAAAGCUCUCUUCACUCACUGCCCCUGUGGGAGAAAAGUCGCCAGAUACCACCAGCCCAUCUUACUCUACAAGGAUGGAACGAUCAGAAUCAGGUGUUUCCCCAGCACCUCUGGACGUCCCUGAGUCUCCAAAGCCAUUCUCACAGAUCCAGGCUGUGUUUGCCGGGAGUGACGACCCCUUCGCCACAGCCCUGAGCAUGAGCGAGAUGGACCGGAGGAAUGAUGCAUGGCUUCCCAGCCAAGAGACCAGAGAGGUCCUGAUGAAGGUAGCGACCCAGCAAUAUGGCACUGUGUUCAUAGACAAGGAGAACCUCACCAUGCCUGGCCUCAAGUUUGACAACAUCCAGGGAGAUGCAGUUAAGGACUUGAUGCUUCGCUUCCUGGGUGAGAAGGCUGCAGCAAGAAGAGAAGUCUUAACCGCCAGCUCGGUUGAACAGUCUUUCGUGGGGCUGAAGCAACUCAUUAGCUGCCGGAACUGGAGGGCGGCGGUCGACCUGUGUGGACGCCUGCUCACAGCCCACGGACAAGGCUAUGGCAAGAGUGGGCUGCCCACCAACCACACAACAGACUCCUUGCAGCUCUGGUUUGUGAGACUGGCAUUGCUGGUGAAGUUGGGCCUUUUCCAGAAUGCUGAGGUGGAAUUUGAACCCUUUGGAAAUCUGGACCAGCCAGACCUAUAUUAUGAAUACUACCCACACGUGUACCCGGGACGCAGAGGCUCCAUGGUCCCCUUUUCGAUGCGCAUUCUGCAUGCAGAACUGCAGCAGUAUCUGGGGAACCCACAGGACUCCUUGGACCGACUACAUAGGGUCAAGACCGUCUGCAGCAAGAUCCUGGCAAACUUGGAGCAAGGCUUAGCAGAAGAUGGCGGCCUGAGCAGCGUCACCCAGGAGAGCAGGCAAGCCUCCAUCCAGCUGUGGAGGUCACGUCUGGGCCGUGUGCUGUAUUCCAUGGCAAACUGUCUGCUCCUGAUGAAGGACUACGUGCUGGCUGUAGAUGCUUACCGCGCAGUUAUCAAGUACUACCCAGAGCAGGAGCCACAGCUACUGAGUGGUAUUGGCCGCAUCCUCCUCCAGAUUGGAGACAUAAAAACAGCCGAAAAAUAUUUUCAAGACGUUGAGAAAGUAACGAAGAAGUUGGAUGGACUGCAGGGUAAAAUAAUGGUCUUAAUGAACAGAGCCUUUCUGUACCUUGGCCAGAAUAACUUUGCAGACGCUCACAAGUUCUUCACAGAGAUUUUGAGGAUGGACCCCACAAACGCAGUGGCCAACAACAACGCCGCUGUGUGUCUGCUUUACCUGGGCAAGCUCAAGGACUCCCUGCGGCAGCUGGAGGCCAUGGUGCAGCAGGACCCCAGGCACUACCUGCAUGAGAGCGUGCUCUUCAACCUGACCACCAUGUAUGAGCUGGAGUCCUCAAGGAGCAUGCAGAAGAAGCAGGGCCUGCUCGAGGCUGUCGCCAGCAAAGAAGGGGACAGCUUCAACACACAGUGCCUCAAGCUGGCCUAGUUCCCGCCAGGUAUCUGCACCCUGCAGACACUUGAGCAGGGGGAUCAGGAAACGCGUUUGACAGGCGUAUAGGAGCAUGCCUUGAGCUGGGGCCACUCUCAGACCCGCUGCCCUGCCUGCCAUGCAGUCCCCACAGCACUGCCUGUUGGUGAAGGGCUGUGUGGAUGGCAUGCAGAGGCAGGACACUUUGGGUCCCUUUGGUUUGUUCCUGGACGUUAACCUGCUAGUUUAUCACUUCUGAAUACUCACAGAGAAGCAGCAGGUGUAUAGUAUUGCCUGUUCUCAGUAUAGGCCUAAAUGACUGCAGUUGACUGUCUUCCCUCCACCAUAUCCCAAACAAAGCACCUCUCUGGUUUUCAGCUCACUCCUGGCCUGACAGGCUGCCCUGGAUGGCCUGGGAGGGGUUGAGAGCCAUCAGCACACCCACAGCUGGGACAAGAAGCGUCUUAGGACAGGCAUGGCAUCUAAAGGCUGACCGCAGCUGACACACAACAUCAGGAUGCGGUAGAGCACAGCCCUUGUGUGCUGAGGGCCUGGCUUCCACCCCUGCUCCAUCAACAAAAUGUCUGUGGGACAAAGCAAAGCUACAUGUCUGUUCACUGUUGGAAUAAAAUGAAAUGAUAA